GGAGGGGGCGGCGGCGGAGGAGGUGGAGGAGGAGGCGGCGGCCAUGCCGGGGGCAACGAUUUCCAGUGGUGCUUCUCGCAAGUCAAGGGGGCUAUCGACGAAGACGUGGCAGAAGAAUAAGAGCCGUCCCCAUUGCUGGGGAGAAUACAGCGUUUACAGCACCUUCCAAAGUCACGAGCCUGAAUUUGACUAUUUGAAAAGUCUAGAGAUUGAGGAAAAAAUUAAUAAGAUUAGGUGGCUGCCACAACAGAAUGCCGCUCAUUUUCUGCUGUCAACCAACGAUAAAACAAUUAAAUUAUGGAAAAUCAGUGAACGGGACAAAAGGGCAGAAGGCUAUAACUUGAAAGAUGAAGAAGGAAGGGUUAGAGAACCCUUUCGGAUCACGGCGCUCCGGGUGCCGGUAUUGAAGCCCAUGGACCUGAUGGUGGAAGCCAGCCCCCGCAGAACGUUUGCCAACGCGCACACCUAUCACAUCAACUCCAUCUCAGUAAACAGCGACCACGAAACGUACCUCUCGGCCGAUGACCUCAGGAUUAAUCUGUGGCACCUAGAAAUCACGGACAGAAGCUUUAACAUCGUGGACAUCAAGCCGGCCAACAUGGAGGAGCUGACGGAAGUGAUCACCGCCGCCGAGUGCCAUCCCCAUCACUGUAACGUUUUCGUCUACAGCAGCAGCAAAGGGACCAUCCGUCUGUGCGACAUGCGCUCCUCGGCGCUCUGCGACCAGCACGCAAAGUUUUUCGAGGAGCCCGAAGACCCCAACAGUCGCUCCUUCUUCUCGGAGAUCAUCUCCUCCAUCUCCGACGUGAAGUUCAGCCACAGCGGCCGCUACAUGAUGACCAGGGACUACCUCUCCGUCAAAGUCUGGGACCUCAACAUGGAAAGCCGGCCCGUGGAGACCUACCAGGUUCACGAGUACCUGCGAAGCAAGCUCUGUUCCCUGUACGAGAACGACUGCAUCUUCGACAAGUUCGAGUGCUGCUGGAAUGGUUCCGAUAGCGCCAUCAUGACCGGCUCGUACAACAACUUCUUCCGGAUGUUCGAGCGGAGCCCACGGCGGGACGUCACGCUCGAAGCCACGCGGGAGGGCAGCCGGCCCCGGGCCCUGCUCAGGCCACGCAAGGUGGGCACCGGCGGCAAGAGGAAGAAGGACGAGAUCAGCGUGGACAGCCUGGACUUCAACAAGAAGAUUCUCCACAGCACUUGGCACCCCUCCCAGGACCUCAUCGCCGUGGCCGCCACCAACAACCUCUACAUUUUCCAGGACAAAGCCAACUAGGGCCGGGGCUCGCUGCGGGACGAGGGAGAAAAGGCGGGGUUCGGGGCGGACCCCCUCCCCCCACACCGCCGACCGUUGAGGAUCUGGCUUCUCCCGGGAGAGACGGGCGCCAGGCUGACCCGGGUUCGGGGCUGGCGGUGCGGCACGGAACAGGGCCGGAAACGGAAUCGCCAGACCCCGCUUCUUCCAAACGAAAGCGUAUUUAUUUACGGCCGAGCCUGCCCUUCCGGGUUGGAGACCAACGGUUGAACAGCUAAAGGAAAGAGCGGGUGGAAAAAAUAUGUUUCCUCAUGGGCAUAUGUCUGUGCUCUCUCUCCCUCCCUCUCCCCUUCCCCCUUUCCUCCUCUCCUCUUCACUCUCCUCUUUCCUUUGCUCUCC